GCUAUGUGUAGAGUGAAGUUUAGAUCUGAAGAUCUAAUACGUAGCUAUUAUUAGAAAGUCUAGAGUAAAAUAUUGUAAGUGAUUGUAUUCUUUGGAGUAUCUCUGAACCAAAUUUCCAGACCUAAAUAGCCUGCUCUUUUGUCAGUUGCAGAAAAUUACCUAAGAGAGACAGUUCAUGUGAUUCUUUUUUUCCCCGUCUCAGCAGGAACAGUAAGUACCAGAAAUCCCAUAAAAGUGUCUGUUCUGCGAAAUGUGAUUUCCAGAACUCUAGCCGGUGUUCUUUUUCAGUCUCUGAGAUAGAGUUAUUUUUGGAUUAUUGACUGUGUGAAACUGUACUAUGCUUACAAGAGUACUUUCUCUUGUUUUCCAGUUUGCAAGAAAAUUCUGGCCUUGCAAUAAGACAGUUGACUCUCGUUUCCAGUUUGCAGCGUGACUGCAAAACUUGGAAAUGGCCUCCAUCUCAGGUGAGUCCAAACAGUAACUCUGUGCUAGCCACAUGCUGGCUAACCCUCUACUUUCUUGCUUCGCCAAAAUUGAACCAGACCCGUCUUGUUUUUUGCCUGUCUUUUUAAAGAAUAUAAAUGCUUUUUGAUACUCUGCUCUUCAGUAUUCUGGCUCACAGUCAUUGAGUGAUGGCUGAAGAUAUGCAUUUGUCUGCAUGGCUGUCAGUCUGCCUUGUUUCUUCUGCUGCUCUUUCAGGCGCUUUUGUGAGUCGAAGCAUACCAGUUGAAGUGGACGAAUCUGUGAUGUGGUCCCCAUUUGUCGAACGUGCCUUGGAAGAGGCUUCGCAAUCUUCUGGUGAGCAUAUGGAGAACGAGGAGUCCCGGGAACCUCAAGCUGCUCAAAUGCCUCAGCCCGAUGCUGGACCCUCAUGCCUCUACAGAGCACCACCAUGUCACCAGCCUCCACCAUCCAAUGUAGCAGCCAUGGAGACGGACAGCAGGUUAUGGUCAAAAUAUACAGAUCCCAGUGAAGACAGGUGCUUCUGUUCCCCUGGUGAAUCAACAGUUGGAAUAGUUCCCUCCAAGAUGCAUCUUUUAGCUAUGGAAAAAUCAAGUGGGCAUUUGAGAUCUCAGGUUUCAGCUGACACCGGCCACAAUUCCGGUAAAUUGAAAAAGAGUUUGUCUGAUGUUCCUGAGGAUUCACUCGAGGACAGCAGCCAAGGGAGUUUACAGCCACAGCAACCCUCAGAAAACAGAGCACCGGCAGAGCUGGCGACUGUGGAUACAGGGUACAAUUCCCAGUCACGAGACGUCAUGGGCAUCAGGCACUUAGAGCCCCCCUUACCUCUGGUGUCUGUGCUGAACCCCCAGGACCUUCCAGGACCUCUGAUCUCCAGAGAGUUUUUUGAACCUGAGCAUCAGCAGUAUCCUCUAUGCCAGCACGUGCCCCAUCCCAACAUUUCGUCACAAGCUCACGGCUGCUUUGGGCACCGCUGCCCAGUGGAGCAACACCCGCAGCACCCAUAUGGCAGAAGUCCUUACCAACAUUUUGCACAUACAUCUCAGCCACUUCCUCCUGUUCCUGGCCCUUGCAUGAGAGUUAUCCGUCCGGCCCAGCAAGUCAUCCCAAAUUACUCUAACCUUCGUGCCCCUAAAGGCACCGGAGACAGACUGCCCCAGAGGUCGUGCUCCUCCCCUGCUCAUCUGCGAUUCCUAAACCAGUUAUACAACCAACUACCUAAUGGUCAGCUACCCCCCCAAGCAUGUGGACCGGAGGAAGCGUGCUGGUGUCCAUCUGACAAUGUCCCAUUUCCAGCUGGCGUCCCAAGACCUCUCAGUAACCCUGCAGCCAAGGGAACUCUGAAAAUGAGCAAUUUGCCUGAGGAGUUGCGCAAGGUCUUUAUAACCUACUCUGUGGACACAGCCGUGGAGGUCAUGAAAUUUGUGAACUUCCUGCUUGUAAAUGGAUUUCAAACUGCUAUUGAUAUAUUUGAGGACACGGUACGAGGCAUUGACAUCAUUAAGUGGAUGGAACGCUACCUAGGUGAUAAGACGGUGAUGAUAAUCAUAGCAAUCAGUCCAAAAUACAAACAGGAUGUGGAAGGGGCUGAAUCCCAGCUGGACAGGGAUGAACAUGGCUUACAUACUAAAUACAUCCACAGGAUGAUGCAGAUUGAGUUUAUUCAGCAAGGAAGUAUGAACUUCAGAUUCAUCCCUGUGCUUUUUCCAAAUGCUAAAAAGGAACACGUGCCUACCUGGCUGCAGAACACGCACAUUUAUAACUGGCCAAAGAAUAAGAAGAACAUCCUUUUGCGGUUGCUGAGGGAGGAGGAAUAUGUUGCCCCUCCAAUAGGACCUUUACCAACACUCCAGGUUGUGCCGUUAUGAACAUUAUCACUUAAAGUGCAUGACAAGCAGUUGUUAAAGGGCUGUUCUUGGCAGGGAGCCAACACUCUUCCAGAUGGCUCUUUCUGAUGAUAGAAGACACUCUUUCUGCUACAGGAAUUAGUUGUCCCGGGUAACUCAGGCUCAGCUUGUUCUCCACCAUGUUAAACGUUUCUUGCUGAAGCUGAUGGGCAGAACUGCUUUCUCUAGAUUUUUAAACAAGUUGCAACUGGAAAGAAUAUCCAGUUUUAUUUUGUUUUAACAUCUGUUUUUAACAUACUCCUUUAUUAGUCAACGAAUACCAGAAAUAAUGUUGCAGUAAGUGUAAAAUAAAAAUUACAUCCUCCUUUUUGCUCAGGGUUUCUUUACAGAUGUUCCUGCCUUGUACAGCAUUAUCAGACAGCUAAUUUGUGCAUGCACUAUUAAAUAUAUUUACCUUUUCUAAGGCUACUUUA